GGGUAAAUGAACAUUGUAAGGGUUCCCCCCAGUUCGUCCACCAAAUUGUGCUUACCAAAAUUGGUUGAAAUUUCCUCCUUAAAAAGUUACCAUACAAAUCGUCUCUGAAUGGCUAAGCGUUAGUAAAUUUAUGCAAUCCCUGUAAACUUCUUUGCAUCUAUCGCCAACACGCAUCUCUCACGCCAUACGUUUCUUCUGGCACAUUACCCACACCGUCUGCCCCCCUUCUUCUACCCACCGCGCCAACCAUGCAUUCGAUCAAAUGGGCACUCCCCAUCCUUCUACUUAACAUCCUCCUGAGUAGAAGCGCCCCCAUAUUCUUUAACAAAAAUCUGGACAAAUGGACAAAGGAACUUUUAAAGGUCUCAAAAAAUGAAUACAGCAAUUUCGACGAAGCGAAAAGUUUGGCCAAUAGAAAAUAUUGCGGUCAGUCCCUUAAGCACUUGGCAGGGUUAAUCUUAGACAAAACGGAUAAAGAGGGAAAGCUAAUCAUUGAAGGGUCCAUAGUUUCCAGUAAGCUAAUUUUAAAAUUAGGGAAUAUAAAGGAAAAGGAAAUAAGCAUACAGGAUAUACUUCUGCCAAUAGAAACAUUGUCCAGCAAAUGCAUUAACAUACGACAGGGAAAAAAAAAGGAUGAUUCUACCAUUCUGUGUUUGGCUAGUAAAGUCCUGAGGAACUUCUGGGUCAACUCUAUCACUGAUGCGGUUUUGUGCAAAAUGACCAAAAAUAGGGGAAAGCUGCCUGAGUAUAACUACGCCCAGGGGGGCAAUGGCAAAGAGGAUGAAGCGGAUGAAGAGGGUGAAGCGGAUGAAGAGGGUAAAACGGACGAAGAGGGUAAAACGGAUGAAGAGGGUAAAACGGACGAACCAAGCGAACCACUAAAAAAGAAGGCAAACACCCAACAGAAGGAACAAAACCUAGCUAAGAAAAAAAUGAUCAACGAAGAAUUCGACGAAGAACAGGAAAAUGAACCCAAGGGACUAAAAGUCCGAAUUGCCAAAAGUACAUUCGGAAGCCCGCAAGUGAAAAUCAACGGCAAAAGCGUCGACGAGGUUCAAAAAAAUGGGUCUGAGAAAGGGACGGACGAAACGGAGAACCAGGACAAGGAUGAGCCCAUCGAGUCGGAUGAAACUGGUGAUGAAGGAGAUGAGGAAGCAGAAUGAAGGGGGAGAAGAGGCCCCCCAUCACCCUCGCACUUUCCCUUACACCACUUUGCCGCAGUUUAAAUUUGUACCCCCAUUGGCGUGUCCGGCUCGCAUGCAAAAAUAGCCCAAUGUACGACACAUGCAGUAGGGUGCCAAACGAGUUGUUUCUCUAGAUACCUGUUAAAUACACCUGCCCGCGAAACUGCGCUAAAUGUUUGUUCCUCCGUUUGGCUAUUCCGAACGGAACUUGUCAUCACGAAAGGUGCAAAAUGAAGCAGCCCUUAUUUGUUUUUUUUUUUGUUUUUCUACACAUCUCAAACGUGACUGCUUCGCACGAACAAAGGUGUGUGCUGCCCUCCAAAUUUGGAGGUGCCCCCCUCGCUGCGGCUCAUUUUAAAUGUUUACAGGUAUGAG